GCUUGCUGUCAUCAUCCCUCUCUCCCUUCACCCAACUUCCCUUUCCCGUCUUUUUAGGCUUUUGCAGCCUUCCGUCACUCCUUACAUUUCUCUUCUUACUUUCAUCUCACUGCUGGCUUAGGCUGAAACACAGACUCCGACUCAGUGAUAUUUGACUUUCAUCGACCGACGUCCGAUUUGGAACGGGGCCUGCCUGAUAGGCACUACAUAGCUUCAUUCCACCCGUUCCGCCGCCUUCCUGCGCCCUCUCCAUUAAUCUCGCUGCAAUUGUCCGUGCACCAAUCUCCCAUCACCGAGUCCAAGCUUGAGGGUGCCAGCUGCCUCCUGUGCGGCCACGCCUGGACAAGCACCACGAACACGCAUACACCCAGACCCUGCACAGACCCACCCGCUCCUCCGCACGGCGCCUAGGUUCACCAGGGCUGGUUCCCGGACGUCCGAGAGUCAAAGCACCUCCCUCAGAGUCAAAUUCAUUCCAGUGGGGUCGAAGCCCAACCACCAUCAUCGCCUCGCCUCUUUGUCUCCUUCUCUUCUUCUUACAUAAGAGAGAGACCCGCCGCUCUUUCGCUCUUUCCCCUCAUCCGUUGUCAUAGUUUAUCCCCUACUUUCCGAUAAUCCACACCGUCCGUACCGAUUUCGCAGAAGAAGCAAGCAAGUAGAAUGCUUUCUGUUUACCCGCCACACGACGCACGCUCGCGUCAGCGCAUGGAGCGCGUACGUAUGCUCGAGCUCGAGCAGAUCAAGUGGGACCAGGAGGCGCUGGUCAUGAUCGAUGCGAUGAACCAGGCGCUCUUUCUCUCCUUCAAGGACGUCAAGACCGAGUUCUGCGACCUCGACGGGCUGUCCUGGGAGCGCUAUCCCGAUCGCCGCAUCUGCGCCUGCCCCGCGCACAACGGCCAGCGCGCAAAACCAGGCGGCGUCCGGCGCUGCUCGGGGCCUGGCUCGUGGUUCGCCAAAAAGCAGUUGAAUCGCCCGCCGUUGGUCGCGCUGCGUCCGCCGCCGUCGCCGCCGUGCUCGCCGCCACCGCCGCCGCCGAAACCGCCCGUGUUGAAGCUGCCGGUGGUGAUGUCAAAGCCGCCGCCGCCGCCGCCUGUGUCGAAGCUGAGGUCGAAGCCUCAGCCGCCUUUACCGGCUUCGGCGCCGGCUCCGGGACCGCAGAGACGGGCGCGGGCAGGGUCGAUGUCGCAGCCGGCGCCGAAACCCGCGUCGCCCCCGCCGCCUGUGCCCGUUCCAGUCGCUCCUGUUAUUGAACAGCCGUCGACACAGGGACCACAGACGCGUGCCCGUGCGGGGUCGGUGUCGCGGGGGAGCUCGAGAGGGAGGAGUGUGAGUGUGUCGUCGAGAGCGUCUAUUGAGACGAUCCGGCCGUCGAGGACGCAGGAGAAGUUUUUCAUUACCGAGGAGGAUGAAGAAGCGGAUGAGGAGGAGGAGGGGGAUGGGGAGAUGACGCCUGUUGCGUCGCCUCGGGUGCGGUGAUGGUCAAGACGGAGAUGAUGAUUUUUGGUUUUGAUUCUCUGUGUUGUUUUAUGACGCCCCCGCCUCGCCUCGUUUCACUCGCCACUUGCAUCUCGCUCGCACUUGCACUCGUCUUGUCUCGUUACUCACUCCUCGCCUCGCCUCACCUCACGCAUUGGAUCUCCUGCUCUCGCUUUGUCGCACUCACGAACGCAUUUUUGUCUCCACACAUCGCUUGCACACGUUCCCUUCCUGCCGCACGUACGUACAUAUACCACACACACAGCACACAUUGGACGCUUCCCAUCAGUUUUAUUACUUACCACCACUUACCUUAGAUGUACCAAGCCUCGUAAUCUGUGGACUGCUCUGUAUCUAGUCUACAUGCACUUCACCUCACCGCACUUCACUUUUAGUUUUCUU